CUCUCAAAAUUUGAAGAAUUUGACAACAGAAAUAGAACAUCUUAGAACCAUGGCACUGCUGGACACAGAGUUUGAGGUGAAGGGCAGCAGCAGCAUCAUCAGGGAGUGGAGUGGACAGGUCCAGCCAGCGCUGGUCGCCUCCUUGGUUUUUCUCUUCUGUCUGGAAGCCUGUCUGUGGGUCAGGAAUCUCAGACUCAAGAGAAGGCUGCCAGGACCUUUUGCCUGGCCGGUGGUGGGCAAUGCCAUGCAGCUGGGGCAGAUGCCUCAUAUCACCUUCUCUGAGCUGGCAAAGAAGUAUGGCAACGUGUAUCAGAUAAGACUGGGCUGCAACAACAUAGUGGUGCUUAAUGGAGAUGCAUCAAUACGAGAAGCCUUGGUUCAACACAGCACAGAGUUUGCAGGCAGACCCAACUUUGUGUCUUUUCAGUCAGUGUCUGGUGGUAACAGCAUGACAUUCACUAACUACAGCAAACAGUGGAGGACGCACCGGAAGAUCGCUCAGACCUCCAUUAGAGCUUUCUCCUCUGCCAACAGCCAGACCAAAAAAGCAUUUGAACAGCACGUUGUGGCAGAGGCCACUGAGCUCAUUGAAGCUUUCCUCAAACUCAAUGCUGAGGGACAGUUUUUCAACCCUGCUCAUGAACUGACAGUAGCUGCUGCUAAUGUAAUCUGUGCCCUAUGCUUUGGAAAACGUUAUGGACAUGAUGACAUUGAGUUUAGAACCCUUCUGGGCAGCGUGGACAAGUUUGGAGAGACGGUGGGGGCUGGCAGCUUGGUGGAUGUCAUGCCCUGGCUUCAGUAUUUUCCAAAUCCUGUCCGCAGCGUCUACCAGAGCUUCAAAGACCUCAAUAAAGAGUUUUUCACCUUUGUGAGAGACAAGGUUGUGGAGCACAGGGAAACAUUUGACCCUGAAGUGACCCGGGACAUGAGUGAUGCCAUUAUUGGGGUCAUUGACAAGGCGGACAGUGAUACCGGGUUGACGGAGGCCCACACAGAAGGGACAGUGUCUGAUCUGAUUGGUGCAGGACUGGAUACUGUGUCCACUUGCCUUCAUUGGAUGCUCCUUUUAUUGGUGAAAUACCCCAACAUCCAAACCAGACUGCAGGAGCAGAUUGACAAAGUGGUAGGCCGUGACAGGCUGCCCUGUAUUGAGGACAAAGCCAGCCUGGCUUACCUAGAUGCCGUUAUCUAUGAGACCAUGCGCUACACCAGCUUUGUACCCCUCACCAUCCCCCACUCCACCACCUCAGAUGUCACCAUCGAAGGCUUCCACAUCCCCAAAGACACAGUGGUCUUCAUCAACCAGUGGUCUGUCAACCACGACCCUUUACAGUGGAAGGACCCACAUCUCUUUGACCCUUCACGGUUUCUAGAUGAAAAUGGUGCCCUUGACAAGGAUCUGACCAGCAGUGUGAUGAUAUUCUCAGCAGGAAAGAGGCGAUGUAUCGGUGACCAGAUAGCCAAAGUGGAGGUAUUUUUAUUUUCUGCUAUUUUGAUUCACCAGUGCACAUUUGAAAAUAAUCCAAGUCAGGAUCUCUCCUUAGACUGCUCCUAUGGGUUAACACUGAAGCCCCUGAACUACAAGAUCUCUGCCAAGCUCAGAGGAGAAUUACUUACUGGGGCAUAAAAUCUUGUUCUUUGUGUUUUCAAAUAGAGCACCCAUUAAU